CAUCCCCUAUUAAACAGUGAGUGUUUUGUGUGGAAUUACCUUGGAACUAUUACCAUGUCACUAUGACCCGGCCUAUGGCAUGGCCUAUAUUGCCCUUCAUAAUUCAGCGAGUACGUGAAUGCGGGCGAUGCCAUACUUACAGUGCGUUCCCUGUGAGAUUUCACGAGUAAUGGAAGCUUAAUAUUAUCAUAGACCUUAAAAAACGAUGAAGAUCGUGCCGAUAGAGGAAAAGAUUUUGAAUAAAGGCCGGUUUCUGUGUUAAAGAGUGCAUCCCUAUCUGGUUGCGUCUUGUGAUAAUUUCGCUGUGGCCUAAAAUGGAUCCUGACAAAGAAUCAAACGAACAGCGGCAAGUUCGAUUUGCCCGCGUCCUGGCCAGCUACCAGGCUGCCGCCGUGGUGGACGGAGCCGCAAAACCACCCAGCACAAUGGAGAGUAAGCCCACCGGGCUCGCGGCCAAAUUCACGGACGACGGAUCGGACUACGGGUCCCUGAGCGGUGGUGAUGCCGACCGCGACAAUCCGUGUUGCUUCAUUGGUCCAGAUGAGGCUACCCUACGCUACUGUCCGAUGAACGAAGGCAUGCUCCCGUUCAAACUCUUAUACAUCUUUUUCCGGGGCGGAGUAGCGUGCAUCGGGCCCUACUUGUCCGUGUUUUUGAGUCUCCUGUCCCUGCCACCAUCCAUGGUAGGUGUUCUACUCGGACUCCCCCACCUUGUCACGGCCUUCGUCAACCCAGCCUGUGGGAUCCUGGCAGACAGGUUCCAGUGCCGUAAGGGGGUUCUUCUCGUCUGUCUCUCGCUCUGGUUUGCUUUUGUCGUCUCUGUGACUUUUCCCAAGCCGCUGGAACCGGCUAACUGCCAGGAAGUGGUGUCGAACCUCGGGCAGGUGUCUCGGACAUUGUCAAAGAACUCUAGGGAGUUCUUGCACCUGGAGUGCAUAGUAAAUAGGUCCUCAGAUGAGUACUCGUUGGAGGAGAAAGGGAGGCCUAGCGUUGGGGCUGACCAGGACCGGUGGAAGCCGCUUCUGAGCUUGCUGCACCUGCCGGAUCCAUUCUCCCCGGAUCUCGGAGACACCUGCGCCUCGAUGGCUACGCGAGACCUCGACGAUCCAAUCAGGUCGCUCGUCAAAAAUAUCCAGACGUUCGGGGCCCUCUUCAUACCGCGCGUUAUACCUCUGCAGAAUGGUACGAGUAUCGGGAUUGGCUGGCUGUUCGAGGAGCGUAGUCUCCUGCAGUCGUUCAUCAAGGUGUCUGUGCUGAUGAACCUCGGUGGGGUGAUGUAUAGGUCGACCAUGGCGCUGACCGACACAGCCACGCUGAAUGAACUGGGCGAGCAGGCUUGGGAUCGCUACGGGUGGCAGAGAUCUUUCGGCUCAGCGGGCUUUGCUGUCUACUCCAUAGCAGUAGCCUCUUUUCUUGGCCUCAUGCGAUUCCCACAAAUCCUCUGCGGGCUCGAAAUCGAGAUAAUCGAUUACCGAAUCGGUAUCGUGAUGUUUGGCGGCACAGUGGCUUGCGCCUUCGGCCUUCUUUUUGCCUGCUGCUUCAAAUUCAAGUACUACACCAAAGCAGAAUACAAGUUCAGCAACGUGCUACCGGCCCUGUGCUCUGGUUACUACGGGUCGAUUAUGAUGACGGCCUUCGUACUAGCCGUAUGUAACGGGUGUGUGGAUGGCUAUCUCUUCUGGCACCUCCGCAACCUCGGUGCCACCGAGAUCACCUUGAGUCUGGUUCUAGCCGUGAGGGCCGGCUCUGAGCUCCUCCUCGCCUUCCACACGCCCCGUCUGAUUGGCUGCUUCGGCCCGGUACACCUGCUAUGCGCCGGCCUGCUGGUGUACUGUCUGAGGUUCCUGUGCUACGCUUACGUCACCAACCCCUGGCUGGUCCUGCCUGUGGAAGUAUUACACGGUAUGUCAAUUGCCCUGACUUGGAACAUCCUGGUGUCCCACAUGUCCCCGUCCGUUCCCUUCGAGUGCAUGGCCACGCUGCAGGGAUUCUUGAGUGGCGUCUACUUCGGUCUCGGCCACGGGGUCGGUGCAAUCAUCACCGGGUUUCUGGUCACCUCGUACGGGGCCGUCGCGACGUUUUACGGCUUCGCCUUUGCUGCGAUGUGCUAUACCAUCGCUUUCCUCAUUGCAGUCAAGGUCUUCAAACCACCGAGAACAAUAGUGACUAGCUACCGGAUGCUGUCGUCAAAAGACCCGCUCUGGUGACGGCAGAGUUGCCGCAAGAAACGACCUGUGCCCAAUUCCAUGUUGAGAACUGGAAAGCACUCAGAGAGCGCAAACCUCCGCCAAGGCUGUAAAUAAUUCCCCGCCAUACUGUCAGUAGAACCAAAACAAAUACUCGCAUAAAUAGUGAAGAAUCCUUUAAAAUAGAUCGUGGAUCCAGACCCAGAUCCGGAU